AAAAAAAGCGAGUCGUCCCAAACUUUAUCUCGCUGUUGAAUUAUCUAUCUUUCCUUCACCCCUCGCUAUCAAUGGCGGAUCAUCUCUUUCUCUCCUUCUCAAUCUAAUCCCUCUCUCUCAGCGUUUCAUACUCAUCUCAAAAACACCAUCUCCUCCACAUAAACCACCACCACCACCUAUGGAUUACAAACUCCUAGCAACCCUCGUCGCCUCCACAACCUCCAUCUUCAUCUUACUCCUCCUAAUCUUCACCAUCUUCCUCUGCCGUCGCCGCCACGCCAUCCAAAACCACCCUCGCCGUUACCAACCCCACCACCAAAUAGCCACUCCAAACUCAUCAACAGCUCUCAACCCCACCUUAAACAACGAAAGCACCAGCUUCGACCCCUCCAUCUGCGAGAUAUCCAUGUCCGAACUCUCCUCAGCGACCAACAACUUCUCCUCUGAUCUAAUCGUCGGCGACGGGAGCUUCGGCUUAGUCUACCGCGCAGAGCUCUCAAACGGCGUCGUGGUCGCAGUCAAAAAGCUAGACCACGACGCCUUACAAGGACUCCGUGAGUUCACGGCGGAGAUGGAAGCGUUAAGCAGCUUACGUCAUCCCAACAUAGUACGGAUCUUAGGUUACUGCAUCUCGGGACCGGACCGUGUCUUGAUCUACGAGUUUUUAGAGAAAGGGAGUCUUGACGAUUGGCUUCACGAGAAGACGGUCAACGCUGCUUACAUGCUACCGUGGGCCACACGUUUGAGUAUAGCGUACGAUGUGGCUAAAGGGUUAGCUUACCUUCAUGGUCUUCCUAAACCAAUCAUCCACAGAGACAUUAAGUCCAGCAACGUGUUACUGGACUCGGACUUCGCGGCCCAUAUAGCUGAUUUUGGGCUGGCGCGUAGCAUCGACGCGUCUAGGUCUCAUGUCUCGACGCAGGUGGCUGGGACCAUGGGGUACAUGCCUCCGGAGUAUUGGGAAGGGAACACGGCGGCGACGGUGAAGACGGAUGUGUAUAGUUUUGGGGUGUUGAUGUUGGAGAUGGGGACGCAGAGACGGCCUAAUUGGACUGUGGUUGUGGAUGGGAAGGAGGUUGGGUUGGCUCAGUGGGCUGUGAUGUUAGAGGGGCAGAAUCGGUAUAAUGAAAUGGUUGAGUCUAGUUUUGUUGGUGAGAAGAGUGUGGAUGAGUAUUUUGGGAUUGCGAGUCUUUGUGUGAAGGAGGCGAGUAAAGAACGGCCUACGAUGGAUCAGGUUGUGAAGUUAUUGGAGGAGGUUUUGGUUAGUGAGUGAGUGAGUGAUGUAGUUUAUUAGUUGAUAGGUGGUCAGGUUUUAAAAUGAUUGCAUUUGUUGUGUUGUUUAUAACAAAGUGAAGUUUGAGCAAUGUAACAAUUUGGAAAAAAUAAGUUGCGAAAAAUAAUGAAAGAUAUUGAGGAUCUUGUGAUUGAA